UUUUCUUAAAUUGCUGCGGUUUGUAAGUUGCAGUCUACAGAGCACAUGCCGCCGGUCCGCCUUCCCUUUCCCUUCCUCGUUGCAAUUUUUGGCCGCCCCUUGCCUACCCUCUGGGAAUCUUACCUUGCUGUUUGCUUGAAGAGAGCCCGAGUUUGGAAAAGCGUUCCUUUUUUUCUGGGGAGAUUUUAACACUGGUCAGUUAUAAAGAAGAACAUUUUCCAAGACCUAGAUGACUAAAAGCAACAAAGAAGACGCAAGAUCGGGCAACAGAAUGGAUCGCUUUCAACAAGGAAUCCAGAAGCGUACACUCAGGGCAAAAAAGAAAGUGCAAAGCAUUACAAAGGAAGAUGUUAAAAGUUAUCUACUGAGGAAUUUUUUUGUGCUGUUCACUGUCAUUGCAGUCAUUGCUGGUGUCAUCCUUGGAUUCUCUCUCCGGUCGUACCGCCUGAACUACCGAGAAGUGAAAUACUUUUCCUUCCCUGGAGAACUCUUGAUGAGAAUGCUGCAGAUGCUGGUCUUGCCUCUCAUUGUAUCCAGCUUAGUAACAGGAGUUGCAGCCCUGGACAGUAAAGCAUCCGGGAAGAUGGGACUCCGAGCAGUCAUCUACUACAUGAGUACCACAAUCAUUGCUGUCUUGAUUGGGAUAAUCAUGGUGGUCAUCAUCCAUCCUGGAAAGGGGUCGAAGGAAAAAAUGCACCGAGAAGGCAAAAUUGUGCGAGUAACAGCUGCAGAUGCCUUUCUGGAUUUAAUCAGAAACAUGUUUCCUCCAAAUCUGGUGGAAGCCUGCUUUAAACAGUUCAAAACAAACUAUGAGGAACGAAUACCUACCAGUGUGCCCGUUGAAUCGAACGAAACAUCUGUCUUUGCUGCCAUUAUAAACAACGUAUCAGAGGCAAUGGGGAACCUAACCCAACUGAAAAAGGAGAUGAUCCCAGUUCCAGGGGCUGUAAAUGGAGUGAAUGCACUUGGCCUAGUCGUCUUCUCAAUCAGUUUCGGACUGGUGAUAGGGAACAUGAAGGAGCAAGGGCGAGCAUUAAGGGACUUCUUUGAUAGUCUGAACGAGGCUAUCAUGCGACUGGUAGCACUAAUUAUGUGGUAUGCACCACUUGGUAUCAUGUUUUUGAUUGCUGGAAAAAUUGUUGAGAUGGAAGACAUGGGCGUGAUUGGAGGGCAGCUGGCCAUGUAUACUAUAACUGUUAUCAUUGGCUUGCUCAUCCAUGCUAUUGUCGUUCUCCCGCUACUCUACUUCCUAAUCACGCGGAAGAACCCUUGGGUCUUCAUUGGAGGAUUGAUUCAAGCUCUCAUCACAGCCUUGGGAACAUCUUCAAGUUCUGCAACUUUACCAAUCACGUUUAAGUGUUUGGAAGAAAAUAAUGGAGUGGAUAAACGCAUUACAAGAUUCGUGCUCCCUGUGGGUGCAACUAUUAACAUGGACGGAACAGCUUUGUAUGAGGCGCUGGCCGCAAUUUUCAUUGCACAGGUUAAUAACAUGGAUCUAAACUUUGGACAGAUUAUCACAAUCAGCAUCACAGCUACAGCUGCCAGCAUUGGUGCAGCAGGAAUUCCUCAGGCUGGCCUGGUCACCAUGGUGAUUGUCCUGACAUCUGUUGGUUUGCCUACAGAUGAUAUCACCCUUAUCAUUGCAGUGGAUUGGUUUUUGGAUCGUCUCCGUACCACUACCAACGUUUUGGGAGAUUCUAUCGGUGCAGGGAUUGUAGAACACUUAUCAAGGCACGAGUUGAGGAGCAAGGAUGCUGAGAUGGGCAAUUCUGUGAUCGAGGAGAAUGAAAUGAAGAAACCUUACCAGCUGAUCUCCCAAGAGAACGAGAAUGAAAAGCCCUUAGACAGUGAAACCAAGAUGUAAGGUAGAGGAUGUUCUAUACAAAGUACUAGAUACAUGAAAAGUGUGCCCUUGCUCUGAUCUUUUCUGUAUCUUGUCCACUUUGUUCCUCAUUUCUCUCUGAUUAAACAGCACUGAAAAAACUAAGGGCUUAACUAGACAAUAUGAGAGACCCUGAGCUGUCAUGCUCCCUGUCUCUUUGCCUCCUCUUCUUCAUCAUGUCUAAGUAAAUAUAACGCAUAAUAUGAUGUCAUCCGUCUGUCUUGCUGCACUCCUGCAGCCAAUGAGGUGAGCCUGAGGAAGGGCAACACACAAUGAUAUCAUAUCACAUGUUGGCCUUACCUAGAUGUUAUGAGGGAAAGGAUGAAAGAGAAACUGAGUACCAGCAUUUAAUAGGCACAAUAUCUAGUUAAGCCCUCUGUUGGAAAAUAUUCCAAAUUAGAAGUAGCUGUACUGUAUGAUUGCAUCCUAUUAAAAAGAAGAAAUAGCAGGCAUCACUAUGGAAUAUGCUGAAAGGCAUAUUUGUAACACAUCCCCAAGAAUAGCCAAGUAUACAUGUUUCUUAGUCCUGCAAAUGUGAUCUCACUUUAGAUGAACUGGAAAGGCAACAUUGGUAUUCUGUUUUGUUUUUAAUGACUGUUACCCAUGUUUAAUGCCACUAAACAUACAGUCAGCUUUU